AUGAGGAUGUUGAAUACUAAAAGACAGUUAUUGAUAGCGUGCUUUAUUUUUAAGUUUCCACUACAUUAGCUAAAAUUGAAGUACAUCUGGAUGCUAAGCAAAAAGUAUGCUUUAUCACUUGUUAAACUUCAAUGGAUAUUGAUGCUAAGUUAAGUGGGUAGUUUACAAUUAUAAGGCUUUAUUGAAUUUUUUAUGUUAAUCCAUCUAGUCGAUUCUAUAUAAACGUUUUUUGAUAAGAUUUUUUAUAAAUCAUCAGAAGAAAGGUGAUAGUAAGGAUGUAUUAUUGAGGGAUUCGAAAUUGAAAGAUAUUUAUAUCAAAAACCUUAUUACUUCUUCAACUAUGAGAAAAUUUUUUAAAAAUAAUCUAAAUUAAUUAAUAAAUAUUUAGAUGUUAGAUAGAUAUUAAUAAAUGCAAUUCAAUUUACAUAAAAAAUAGAGGAUUUAUAGGAUUUUAGUAAUAAAAUUGAUAUGUUAAGUUCUAGAUAAAUUAAAUUUAUUAGUAGGCACGAAGUUGAUGAAUUGUUAGUUUAAAAAAAUUAUGAAGAAUUAAUCAAUAGCUAUGGAAGUAUCAAUUCAGAGCAUAAGAUAGGAAAUUAGGAUUAUUGUGUUAUCCCAAAAUUAAAAGUGUAGAUUUGUUGA